UUUAUGGAUUGAUCAUGAUCAAUCGAUGUCGUAGCUAGGCCAUGCCAAACGUGAGCGACCAAAAUAAAUUCCCCAAAAGGUAUGCCCUUUUGAUCUCUUGUUGCCGCGCGCGCGCCUUUAAUUUUUCUCGUCCAUCUGCAUGUCUAUCUACCCAAACCUAACCUCCUGGCUUAAUUGGUAGCUAGGCUCUCAUUUCAUCUAGUACAAAUGUUUUAGUUUGGCACCACUUUGGCAUGGAUGCUAUAUAGAUACAAGACAGGACAGAUCCAGGCAAGUGUGUAUGUAACUAUAUAUAGGCGUUGCUUGUAGCUAGCAAAUGUGGCUAGCUUAACUCUUGUUGUUAGCUUCUUCUUCCUGAAUCUUGAUCUGCAGUCGGUACUGUUUUCGCAUGCCUGCCAUGGCAUUCGCGGCGGUAGCCCACAUGAUUCUGUUCCUCUUUCUCCUCGGCAGCAAUGGCGCUGCGGCGGUGGAGAGGACCUUCAGCUUCAGCAACGGGUGCUCGCACCCGGUGUGGGUGGGCGCGCUCAACGGCGCCACGUCCCCGCCGCUGUCCCGCUCCGGCUUCUUCCUCGCCUCCGGCGCCGCCUCCGCCCUCGCCGCCCCGGAGGACUCCAGCUGGUCCGGCACUUUCUGGGCGCGCACGGGCUGCGCCACGGACGCCGCCACGGGCCGCUUCUCCUGCGCCACCGCCGACUGCGGCUCCGGCGACGUCGCCUGCGACGGCCGCGGCCCUUCUCCCCCCGUCACCCUCGUCGAGCUCACCCUCGCCGCCGUCUCCUCCGGCUCCGGCGGCGCUCAGGACUUCUACGACGUCAGCCUCGUCGACGGCUUCAACGUCCCCGUCCGCAUCACGCCCACCAUUAACACCACCAGCAACAACAAUGGCGCUGAGUGCCGCGCCGCGUCGUGCGCGAGCGACGUGAACGCGGCGUGCCCGGCGGACCUGCGCGUCGUCGUCUCCGGCUCCGGCUCCGGCGGGGAAUACGUGGCGGCGUGCAAGAGCGCGUGCAACGCGUACGGGAGCGCGAGGUACUGCUGCAGCGGCGAGUACGGGACGCCGGCGGCGUGCGGGCCGACGAGCUACUCGGAGCUGUUCAAGAGCGCGUGCCCGGACGCCUACAGCUACGCCUACGAUGAUGCCACCAGCACCUUCACGUGCGCCGGAGCCUCCGGAUACCACAUCGCCUUCUGCCCCUCCUGAGAAUUACUCCAGUUUAUUGUUGGCCCGUGAUUAUACCUACAGUUGAUACUUUGCUCCUUAUGUUGCUAUACUGCUCCUUCCGUCCUAUAUUAAGUGACGAAAUACUACAUGUAUCUAGAAACUUUUUGUGUAUAGAUACAUCCAUAUUUUGACAAAUUUGAGACAAUUAAUAUGGGACGGAAGAAGUACUAUUAUUGAUCGAUUGUCUAAGGAAUAAUAGUAAAUCAAAGAGAUCUGUGUACUCCCUCCGUCCCACAAAAGAUGUCUGAAAUUUGUCAAAAUUUGAAUGUAUCUAGACAUGAUUUAAUGUAUAGAUAUAUUCAAACUUAAUCAAAGUUGAGACAUCCUUGGACGGAGGUAGUACUAAAGAUCGUAGCAGAAUUUAAACGUUAUUUCCUCCA